AUGGCGAGCCCUCAACUCUCUGCGCCUGUGCCCAGAUGGACGGGUUUCCAGGACAGUAACGAAGAUCAACUAUCCCACGACAACAAGUCGGCCGCUGCCAGUCUCUUGCGAAACACAGAAGAUGGUGCUGAAGUAGCUGGCGAUGAUCUCCAAGAUGACGCAGACGGCUACGAAGUCGAUAACAACCCCCGUCGUGAAGCAUGGAACAAUCCACGAAUCAACAUGUAUCGAUAUUGCGCGGUCAAUUUGUCAUUUUUCGUUAUGGGCAUGCAUGACGGCUGCAUCGGCAUCGAAGAAUACUAUGGUAUAAACCAUACCACUGUCUCAACAAUAUUCAUAGUGCCGUUUCUUGGAUAUGUUACCGCAGCACUGUCGAAUAACUGGAUUCACUAUCAGGUUGGCCAGCGAGGCAUCGCGUUCCUAGGCCCGCUCUUCCGCCUCAUUGGAUAUGUUCCAAUAGUCUUUCGUCCGCCAUUUCCUCUUCUACCCAUACUCUUCAUGUUCACUGGAUUUGGAAGUGGUAUUGAAGACAGCGCUUACAAUGCGUGGGUCGGCAACAUGCACCAAACCAACGAGCUGCUGGGCAUCAUUCAUGGGGCGUUUGGUCUCGGCGCAACUGUGGCACCUAUUAUUUCGUCGACUAUGGUGGCCAAGCUGAAGAUGCCCUGGUACUCCUUCUACUACAUUUUCAUCUUGGUUGUGUGUGUUGAGCUUUCCUUUGGACUGUGGGCUUUUUGGGGUGCUACUGGAGCAGCACACCGCGAGAAGCUUCACAAAGGGGGCUCUGGUGGAGGAGCAAGGACGGCCACGGUCCUCCGAGAGCCCGUCACAUGGCUAAUCGCCAUCUUUUUACUCCUGUAUGCCGGUGCGGAGGUUAGUCUAGGUGGUUGGAUCCCAACUUUCAUGAUGGAGGAGAGACAUGCCGACGGUCUUCUGGCCGGCGUCACUGCCACACUCUUCUGGCUCGGCUUAUCACUUGGCCGGAUUGUUUUAGGUUUCGUCACGGGUCGGGUUGGAGAGAGGCUCGCCAUCACCGCAUAUUUAGUAUUAUGCAUUGCUUUUCAACUUAUGUAUUGGUUAGUUCCCACCACAGUCGGUGCAAUGUUGUUCGUAUCGGCUUUGGGUUUCUUUCUGGGGCCGCUCUUUCCGGCCGCCAUCGUCGUUGCAACCCAAAUACUACCUGCUGAGUAUCACAUCAGUGCUAUUGGGUUCUCGUCUGCCAUUGGAGGCGGUGGCGCUGCUGUCUUGCCAUUUGCUGUUGGUGCCAUCGCAGAAGGUCAUGGCGUUGGAGUGCUGCAGCCUAUUAUUCUGGCAGUCUUGGUUUUCCUAAUUGGAAUAUGGGUUUGUCUGCCCCGGAAAGCACGAGGGAGGAAGGGUGCCAACCUGGGAGAGUGA